AUGGGUGUCCAAAUGGUCGCUAGGCCACUGGCGGCAUCAUCUGGUGUCGUUGUCCGUGCUUGCCAGGUCCCCUCGUCCACCUAUGUGGGUUCUCCGAAUAUUGGUUGUGUUGCAUCAUACUUCAGCACGAAUUCCGCCCUUCGUGCUCCGUCACGGAAGAAGCCAGAUCUCGAAGGCGUGCCCAUCAUCGAAAACCCUCCUCCAGAUGUUGUUCUCCUCCUGUUGGAAGGUCGUGCAGCUACUUGCGCCGGCGAACUUUCACAACGAGUAAUAUUCGGUCGUAACCCGACACCGGAAUUGUACUACCGCGGCAUAGUGACGAACAUCCGCUUGAUGAGCCACUACAUGAAUACUGUGGACCGGGAUGAGUUUAGGUCGUCCACCGUCGAAGACGGCUCUCCUAUCGCUCGUGGUAGGAAGGCGUACAUCACUUUUGCUCGCGUAGCAGACCGUUGGAUGAACGAAGCCUUCUCCAUUCUUCCGCCUGGUCCUGUGGAUCCCGAGCUUGCGGAUACGUUGUAUUACUUCCGCAUGAAUUCGCAGCUGAUCGACUUGUAUGAGCAAGGUGACAAAAUACCACCUCCCAGGCCGGCAUGGACGGACAUAUGCGAUGCAAUCGUCCUAGCAUCCCAUGUCGCGCAUGACCCUCUGGAUGGAGCUGCAGGAGGUGUACCUUGGAACGAAGCUCUCUAUGACGUCACGGUUACCCCCCGCGAGCCUGACGAACGGAAGUGA